UUCCACCCCGGCCACCAUGAGUAAACUGUCUUUUCGAGCACGGGCUCUGGAUGCCGUCAAGCCGCUGCCCGUCUACCGAGGCAACGACAUGCCCGACCUCAACGACUGCGUGUCCAUUAACCGGGCCGUGCCGCAGAUGCCCACGGGGAUGGAGAAGGAGGAGGAAUCGGAACACCAUUUACAACGAGCUAUCUCGGCACAACAGGUUUUUAGAGAAAAGAAAGAGAGCAUGGUUAUUCCCGUUCCUGAGGCCGAGAGCAACGUCCACUACUACAGUCGCCUGUACAAAGGAGAAUUUAAACAGCCCAAGCAGUUCAUUCACAUUCAACCAUUUAAUCUGGACAAUGAGCAGCCAGACUAUGAUAUGGACUCUGAAGAUGAGACAUUGCUUAAUCGGCUUAACAGGAAAAUGGAACUUAAACCACUGCAGUUUGAAAUCAUGAUUGACCGGCUGGAAAAGGCAAGCUCCAAUCAGCUUGUCACUCUUCAGGAAGCAAAACUGCUGCUAAACGAGGAUGAUUACCUUAUCAAAUCUGUGUAUGACUACUGGGUAAGAAAACGGAAAAACUGCAGGGGGCCCUCCCUCAUUCCCCAAAUCAAGCAAGAGAAACGUGACGGAUCUACCAACAGCGAUCCGUAUGUUGCAUUCCGGCGCAGAACUGAGAAAAUGCAAACGCGAAAGAAUCGUAAGAAUGAUGAAGCAUCUUACGAGAAGAUGUUGAAGUUACGAAGGGAGUUUAGCCGAGCCAUAACCAUUUUAGAAAUGAUCAAACGGCGAGAAAAGACGAAGCGGGAAUUACUGCAUUUGACGCUGGAAGUGGUGGAGAAGAGGUAUAAUUUGGGUGACUUUGGAGGUGAAAUAUUGAAUGAAAUAAAAAUUCCGAAAAUUGAGAAGGAAGCUCAUCCCAUCUCGACGUUACUACACAAUGGGAACCAUCACAGAGUUCCAGAAUGCAAAACUAAGAAUAUUCACCACUCAUCUGUCAAAGAAGAAACCCUGGAUAUUAUCCGGCUAAAAAAGAAGUACCCAAAGAAGCCGAAAGCAGAUUCGGUUGUGAUCCCUCAGGCCCUGCCGGCCUCAGAGCCAUUGCCAGUAAUUAACAAAAGUGAUAUCAAACAAUAUGACUUCCACAGCUCUGACGAUGAAGAGUUUCCACAGGUACCUUCUCCAGUGUCUGAGCCGGAGGAAGACAAUGACCCCGAUGGCCCCUAUGCCUUCAGGAGAAGAACUGGAUGCCAGUAUUAUGCCCCACAUUUGGACCAAAUGGAAGAUACUUCAGAAAACACAGAACUGUCAGCGUUGGCUAGACUUCGGUAUAGACAUUGCCUCACUACCCUCACAAUCCCCCGAAGAUGCAUAGGGCUUGCAAGGAGGCGGCUUGGCCGAGGUGGAAGGGUUGUAAUGGACCGACUAUCCACACCCCAUGACCCCAUUCUAAAGCAGCUGGACCCCGAAAUGUUGUCUACUUCUUCAAGCUCUUCCCAAGUUGCACAGCCCCCUCCCGAUAACUCACGGACCAAUGCUUCCGAUAGACAUUGUGAAAACAGACUGUCUCUAUCUGAGAUCCUAAGCAAUAUUAGGUCGUGUCGACUGCAGUGUUUUCAGCCAAGGCGAAUACCUUUUCCAGACAACGAUAGUGAAGAAUGUACCUCAAGGAUAGUAGGACACGCUGUGAGCAUUAAACGAGUGUCAUCUGAUUGUUUGUUUCUCUCCCAUCCUCCUCCAGUUACGGGAGGCAUCACAGAGGAGCAGUUCCAGACUCAUCAGCAGCAGUUGGCGCAAAUGCAAAGACAGCAGUUGGCUCAGCUACAACUGAAACAGCAGUCCCAGCAGUCGUCGCAGCAGAUCCAUCCAAAAGCACAGGGCUCUGGGAAUGCUGACUGCAUGUCCAAGACACUGGACUCUGCGAGCGCCCACUUUGCUGCAUCCGCUGUGGUCAAUUCACCAACGCCAGGCCGCAGUGAAGUGACCAAGGAUCAGAGUAUUGGCCACAGCAACCUGAACGGUGUCGUACAACCUUCAGGAGGGAACGCUAAAACGCUGUACUCCACUAAUGUGGCACUAUCGUCCGGCCCAGGGAUCUCCACGGUUCAGCUUGUACGGACAGUGGGACAUCCCACCACUAACCACUUAAUACCAACCUUAUGCACAAGUACACCCCAGACCCUUCCUAUGAGUAAUUCCUGCCUAACGAACACCGUUCACCUCAACAACGUCAGUGUUGUGUCUCCUGUCAAUGUGCAUAUCAACACAAGGACUUCUGCUCCAUCUCCCACAGCCUUAAAACUCGCCACAGUCGCUGCCAGCAUGGACCGAGUGCCAAAGGUUACUCCAAGCAGUGCCAUCAGCAGCAUAGCCAGAGAGAACCACGAGCCGGAAAGAUUGGGUUUGAAUGGGAUCGCAGACACAACAGUUGCAAUGGAGGUGACAUAACUUCAAUGCAUGGACUUGGCCUGACUGUUCAGGCUUUACCUUUCCACGGAAAAUGCAAAGCGCUACGCUCUGCAGAUCAGAGCGCGCUAACAUGGACCUAACCACGGACUGUGUAUGGGACGUCUUCCCAUUCCACUCUUAUGUACAUUUUGUAAAAUCGGAUAAAAUCACUACCUUGUAAAAUAGUUUAUUUGUAUCAUCCAUAUUAUUUCUGUUACUUGAAUAGUUGAUAUUCAUCAUCAUGCUUUUGCACUUGAAUUUGCAACUGAAUGGAUAUAAAAAAAAAACUACAAAAAAAAGAAAAAACAAAUCUUUAAUGGGAUCAUGAGCAUGAAAUGGGGUCCUGCAUCACUUGUUUUAACUAUUUAUUUUGCCAUGUUUACAUUUUGUAUCUUGUACAAAUAAAUCCAACUUUGUGUCUGAA